UUUUUUUUUUUCUUUCCACUUCUUCUAUAUUCACUUCUUUUUUUUUUUUUACUUAUCUUCCCACUAAUGGAAACAACAAAAGAAAAGGAUACUUCACUGAAAAGUUGGUGGAAACGGAAAACGCAAAAUAAGAAUCCAAAUCAAAAACUGGAUGCUGGACAAAUCUUUGGUGUUCCUUUAGCAGAAAGUGUUGACAAUGCACGUGCCGCUAUUGCUUAUGCUGAUGAUAAUGUUCAAUACAUGGGUUAUAUUCCUUUACUAAUUGCAAAGUGUGGUAGUUUUUUGAAGGAAGAAGCUCUUUAUACAGAAGGAAUCUUCCGAAUGAGUGGCAGUGCUAAACGUAUUGGUGAAUUACAACAAAUAUUCAACACACCUCCCGAUUAUGGACGCCAACUGGAUUGGAAAGGAUAUUCGGUUCAUGAUACUGCCAACGUUCUUCGACGCUAUUUGAACUAUUUACCUGAACCUGUUAUUAUACAAGAAUUAUGUCAAUCUUUUCAACAAGUGAUUGAUCAACCAAUUACUGAUGAGCAAAAAGUGAACGAAUAUCAACGACUUAUCGAACAAUUACCUCAAAUGCAUCAAUUCUUACUCUUCUAUCUAUUGGAUCUCUUAUUCUUAUUUAGUCAAAAUGCUCAUAUCACUCGAAUGGAUACUUUCAAUUUGGCUUCUGUAUUUACUCCAGGUAUUCUUAUUGACCCAGAAUGUAGUAUGGAUCCGGCUCAUUACAAGACAUCUCAAAGAGUGGUCCAAUUUUUGAUUGAACAUCAACUUUGUUUCCAAAUGCCAAGAUCUUCUUUAUUCCGGCGAUCGACCGAAGACCAAACAACAACAACAACAACAACAAGUGAUAUUACGAAAGAAAAUACAUCAUCAUCAUCACCAUCAUCAACCUAUAUUACUCCUCUACAACAAUCUUCAUCUCAACAACCCCUCUUCGUCCAUACUCCUAACAAUUUACAUCCUUCUCUUUCAUCUUCAACAAAACAUAGUCCGACUUCUGCAUACUCAAAAGAUGAUCAUACUUCUUCACUACAUCGAUCAAAAACUUUACCUGUCAAGCGUUCCAAAUAUGGUGGCAAUGAUCCUCUGCAAGUCGUACAAUUCAACAAACCCAUCAUAGAUAGUGCUUAAUCCAAUUAUUACCUUCAUUGUUCUUUUUCUUCUUUAUUACCGUUAUGAUCUAUCUUGUUACUAUUAUCCAAUUGUUAUUGUUAUUAUUAUUCCCUCUUUCUGUAUUCAUUGUAUGAAUAAACUUUCUUUUCUUUUUUUGAAUUC